AUGUCGCUUUUUCUUUGUCAUGGCUGCGGAGACACCAUCCCACCAAACAAGGCGAGGGUGCACUGCUUGCCCUGCGGCCGUUAUGAUCUGUGUGCGAGCUGUGCUCUUCUCGGGACCUACACUGAAUCACACCGACUAGGCCACAAGGUAGAAUUGUUUAGAGUAAGCGGCCACUCAGGGCCUGUGGCGGGAGACCGGACAGCUGCAUCCUCUGCCGCAGCUGCUGGACAGUGCUGGUCUACUCUAUUCGACCCCGAGACGUAUGCCACACUUCCUAGCUUUGUGGAUGUUGCCUCGGCGGUGUUCGGCUUUGUUGAUGUUGAAGGGAAAGGUUACUUGGCUCCGGAGACUUAUGGCCUACUGUUGGAUGUCUUGGAGUAUCCAGAAGCAAAUAACAUAUGGAGAGUCGCCUUGAAGAACGCCGAGGGUUCCGAGAAGGAGCACAUUGCUGAUAGAACCUUGAAGCGUUACUAUGAUAAGGACUCCAUCCAAUAUACCCUGGGCUUCCGAGGCGGGAACAACCAUAGCCCAAUCCCACAGUCCCCUCUACUUACACGCAAGGGAUUCAUCGAUUUGUGGGGAAUGGACGUACUUGACGAUCCAGUUUCGUUGCGUCAUCGCAUAAACACUCGUCUUCGAAAAUUUCAGCCAACGAUAUGGAAACAGCGUGGUGAUGUCCCCGAGUGGGUGUUCCCUAAGGCACCGGUCAGCUACGAGAUUUACUCCAAGACCCGUCUGAACGUAAGUAAGAGCGGCUUGGAGGAGUUGGAAGGAACACCACAGCAGUCGGCUCCCGUAACUCUGAUAGAACCCGUACUGGCUGGCUAUAAUUGGACUCAACCGAUGGUGCCCUCUCAGCUGCAAACAAGAUUGCAGCCACCCGCAACGGCGCCACUGGAAGCAAUCCAUUAUGAGCCAAGUGGCAACGGCGACGAGGACUCCGAGGCAGUCAAGAAAGCAAAAGCGGAAUUGGAAGAAUUGGAAAAGUCCUACGAUAGGCAAUUAGCAGAUCUGAAGAGAGCCAACGACCUUGAGUGUAUCAGAGCUCAGCAGCAGAUGAAUAUAGACACGCUCCGUAGCAUGGAGAGAAAUCGAGAGUUCAUUGGGACCAUCGGCCAGGACAGGGACUAUAUUAUUGAACGCCACUACUACAAAUGA